AUGGCAGUGGUCUCCCAGACUCUAGAUUUGAAAAAUAUUCAAAGUCAAAUUGCUGAGAUGCUAGGACUGAAAAUUGUUGAAGAGUAUCCACUUACAAGAGCAAAACGAUUAAAAAUAAGACUUAUGGAUAGUAAGAGUGUUCUUGUAAUAUUGGAUGAUGUUUGGGAUGCACUUGAUUUAGAUCUUGUAGGAAUUCCUAAUGGAGGUCAACACAAUAGAUGCAAGAUCUUGUUGACAUCAAGAAGUGAAGAAGCCUGCACUCAGAUGAAAUCUCAAAAGAUUUUUAAAAUUGAAGUCUUAUCCAAAGAAGAAGCAUGGAAUCUUUUUAGAGAGAUGGCAGGUAAUUGUGUUGAUACCACUGAUCUACGUCAAACAGCAAAAGAGGUUGCAAAAGAAUGUGGAGGCCUACCUGUUGCUAUUGUAACUGUUGGAAGAGCUCUAGAAAACAAAGGAAAUGAUGAGUGGAUUGCUGCACUUCAACAGCUCAAGAAUUCUAUCCCAAAAAAUAUUCUUGGAUUGCAUUCAAAGGUCUAUUCUAGCAUUGAGUUCAGUUACAAAUAUUUAGAAAGUGAUGAAGCUGAGUCAUGCUUUUUGCUAUGCUGUUUAUUUUCGAAAGAUUAUGAUAUUCCCAUUGAAGAUUUUUAG